AUGGGAAAAAGAUUCUUUAUCAUUCUCUCUCUCGUGGUCAUAUUGGUCGCCUUCUGUGCCGCUGUGGAUCGCCCAGAAAAUUGGGUCUUCGACCCCAAGACGCUGAAGGUGAUCGCCAAUCGUGCCAUUUCGACGGCCCAUGCGCAAAACAGCGGAAACGCAACAGCGCAGCAGAUCGUCGCCGCCGUCAUCGACGAGGUCACCAAGGCAUACCCAGUGCACGCGACAUAUACGGGGAAGUGGAUGUGGAACAACGCCGGCGGGGCGAUGGGCACCAUGACGGUGCUGCACUGUUCCCUCUCCGAAUACCUCAUCAUCUUCGGCACAUCAGUCGGCACGGAGGGCCACACCGGCCGCUACCACUGGGCGGAGGACUUCUUCACCAUCAUCUACGGUGAGCAGUGGGCCUCGCUACCAGGUGUGUCACCACGCGAGGUGUACAAGCAGGGUGAGCAGCACUACCUCCCACGAAGCACUGCCAAGCAGUAUCGCAUGCCUGACACUUGCUGGGCACUCGAAUACGCCCGCGGAAACAUUCCUUCAAUGCUCUUUUUUGGUUUCGCCGACCUCUUUAGCUCAACUCUCGACGUUGUGGCGCUGGUUCAAACCGUCUUUGGUAGUGCGGGCCAGAUGAUUCCAAACCUCCUCCGCGGGAAGAUAUAA